UCAUAGAUGGUGAUGGAACAGGUGAUGAUCGUAGAAUUAAUAUGCUAUUGAAAUCAUUUAUAAAAUGGAUUAACAGUUCUGACGUAGACAAUACACUGCAUGAAAGAAUGCUGUCGCAAUUAGCACAAUGCGAAUUUGCACAGAAAAAAUCCAGAUUAGUUUCAAACAUGAGUCGAGAAGAAUUAAAAAGCUACGAGAAGCUGUCAAAAGAUAUCGAAGUACAAAUAGAAAAAGCGAAGGAAGAUAUAGAGAAAACUAAAACAGAACUGCAGGAUGCCAAACGUGUGAGAAAAAAUAGAAUAGAGUAUGAUGUAUUAGCCAAAGUUAUUAACGAACAACCAGAUCGAUUGGAAACACACAUCAAGCUUGAUACAUUGCAACAAGAACUAGGCGCUUUAAAGGAAAAAUCAGAACAGUUGGAACACAAAUUAGAAAUGCGUCGUAAGCAAUUCCAUGUUUUAAUAUCCUCCAUACACUCUUUACAAGGAAUGUUAGAUGAGGGUAAUGAGGAAAUAAUGGAUGUGAGUCUGGAGAAUGAUGCAGAGAACACAAAUAUGGAAAUAUCAUGUGACGAUUCAAAUCAAAUGGCUGAUAAAAACAUCGAAGUAAUCCAUCAGUUUCUUUUGGAUCAUAAUUUUGAAAGUACUGCUGAAGCUUUAAUUCAAGAAGCUUCAAAAAUGGGCUUUCAAACUUUGGGAUGUAAAUUAGAAGAAGUAACAGAUCUCUAUGAUCAACUAAUGCUAUACUACAAUACUGGAGAUUAUUCAACGUUUUUCCAAGAUUUGAGCAAUUUAGACAGUAUAAACUCUAAUAAAACGCAAUUGCAGAAUAUAGUACAGGUUCAUGCCGGCAACAAAGCAAUAGCUGUGGAAUCUGAUGUCGCACAAAAUAAUAAGACUAUAAAAAAUAAUGUACCGAUUGUGCCAAAUGAUAGGGAUCUGCCUGUAUUUCUAGAUCACGUCGAUGAGGAACGAUACAAUUUUUCCAAUAAAACAAAUUUAAAAUCAAAAAGCACACAAACACAUAUUACUGGAAGUCAAAUUACAAUCAAUAACUUGCGAGAAAAUAUAACAAAUCCGGAAGAAAGCAUUAGUAGUUUGUUGGAAAUACACAAGUCAGAUAAAAGAUUGAUUCAAUAUAAUCAUGAAUUAGCAUUAACCAAAUCUCAUUUAUACAGUGUACAUACAAAUUAUGAAAAAUUAAAAGUGAGAUUUCACAAGUUGCACGCAGAUUAUCAUAAACUAACAGAUGUUGCUGGAGAAUUAACGAUGGCAUUGGAGAAUUCAGUGAAAGGGCAAGAUGUUGACAUACAACGAACCCUUGAGAUUUGCAUGAAGAUAUUUCCAGAUUGGUUUAAUCAAAAUAUAAGAGAGACUUCGUAUCCGUCCUUGUUACAACUCGAUCGUAUUGACGUAAAAGCAAUUGCACUGCCUAAAAUUGAUGUCACAACGAUACCGGUACCCUCCAAAUUAUUGGAUUAUAAAAAGAUCAAAUUACAUCUAAUUAACGGAGAUGUAAAGACAAAGUUGUUACUGUUACAAGCAUUGCGUUGGAAAAUAACACUCGUGCAAUCAGCAGAACAGGACGAAAUCUUACACGAAUAUAUAAGUCGUGAUUUGUUGGGACUUCAUGGACAGAUAGCUAGCGACAAUGGUAAAUCGAUUCUACCGUGUCUGUUGACAGCGGGAGAAGCUUACGCCAGACAUCUUUUGCAACAAUUCACUGCACGAUUGUUGAACACCUUGGCAUCCUUCAGAUGCGGAAGGGACUACCUGUCGGUUGGAUCCACAGUCAUAAACGUAACUUUUGCUUGUCUCGACAAUAAUUACGCUGAUGGAGUGGAUCCUUUUGCUUGUGACAUGAUGGUGGCGAUGUUACAAAAACUAUCAUUACGUAGACAGCAACGGAUAUAUAUGAUAGAGAGUGGAUUACUAGAAUGGUUGAUUAAUCAUCUACAUGAUAAAUGUCGCAUCAUAAAUUUAUAUAGGCUUGAAUACGGUACUGCGCUUUUAAUGAACUUGUCAUUACAUCGACUAGCACAAGCUAGAGCGUCCAAAAUAUCUUCAUUACUCAUGUCUACUUUGAUCGUCCUUCUCUCAAUAGAUCAUACAUCUUCACUACCCUACAUCAAUGGAGCGCUAAACAAUUUUUUGAACAAUCCCAUAAUCAAUGAGGAAGCAAGAAAAAUUAAACGUUCGAAUAUAUCGGAAUAUCUUGGUAACAGUCAGAAAUCUGUAGAAAUAAGAAAGCAUCUAGAUCAUGUACUGAGAGUACAAAGAUAUGAAAAUGUUAACACACCGCAAAAUGACGAGACCGGGGAUGAUGAUAACGAAGAUUUGGAUGUGUUGGAAAAUGAAUUGGACGAAAACGAUCCACUGCAAAAUUAUGUUGGCGAAUUGAACGGAGAAACGUUGCUUGCAAUGUGUUAUAGCGUUUCUUCGAAAAUUUCUCAAGAGGCUGUAAACACAGAUACGAAUCUACAGCAAAUAUCCACGCUGAAUUCUAUCGAUUUUUACAGAAAUCAAUACAAGAACCACGUCUGUAAUAAACAUCCAUCAUAUCCUACGCUAAGGGAUAGCAGUGAAACUGCAGUGACAUCUUCUACAAUUCUUGUAUCCGGUCGUGAAAAUGGCCAAACAGAAAUUCAGGAGAAAUUUAGUAGUAUAGCAUCGCUGAAUAGUAAUAACUGUAACAGCAAUGUAAUUAAUGAUACUUCAUGGAAAAAUGACCCAGAACUUGCUAAAGAAGAAGAGGCAUUUUUAGCUAAGCCUAAAUUAUCAAGGACUCCUCCGUGA